GAUCCUGCUUUAAUCCAGACCAACCGACCGAAAAGAGCCAAGGAAAUCCUGAACAAUUAAGAUCUAAAAAGAGCAGAAGGAAGCUUAGGAAAGGUUCAGAGACUCAUCAUAGUUUUACUUAG